AUGGGUGGUUUUGCAAAGAGAAAGUGUGAAAGUUUCAACCCAAGGUCAGAAAUAUUCUCUAUGAGCAAGUCAAGUUCAGAACCUGAAGAAAAUGUUGCAAAAUCAUCGGCUCGUGCUCCUGCUGGUUCUUCUACUCUCACUCCAAAAGCAACGGGAGCGAAGCCAAGCUGGGGUGGCGUGGCGCCACUGGUUCGUCAUCAUCGGGUGCUUUCGCCACUUGUCCCGCCUCCUAAAGAACUCGCAUCUCUCCCUCUUCGACCGACUACUCACCAGUCAGCCGAUUCAGAACCCAACAUGACCGUGACACCGUCGCAACUCGCAAAGCGGCAAACUGUCCGGCGCGCAGCAGCGCUCAGGCAGCGACUCCGAGGGCCGAAACCGUAA